AUCUCCUCCUCGCUCCCUGGAGCUCGGGGGUGACUCAUGUGCCGCCUCUCCUGCCGGGCGAUGCGCUCCUGCCCUGGGCAGGUGCCGACCCGCAGCAGCGCCGCGGAGCGACACCCGCAGGCUGGCUAACAGCAUCGGGGAGCCAUGAACUGGGGGGUGUUCGAGGGGCUCCUCAGCGGGGUCAACAAGUACUCCACAGCCUUCGGCCGUGUCUGGCUCUCCCUCGUCUUCAUCUUCCGCCUGCUGGUUUACCUGGUGGCGGCCGAGCGCGUCUGGAGCGAUGACCACAAGGACUUCGACUGCAACACGCGGCAGCCGGGCUGCACCAACGUCUGCUUCGACCACUUCUUCCCCAUCUCCCACAUCCGCCUCUGGGCCCUGCAGCUCAUCCUGGUGACGUGUCCGUCCCUCCUGGUCAUCAUGCACGUGGCCUACCGGGAGGCCAAGGAGCAGAGGCUGCGUGAGACCCAAGGGGACAGCUAUCGCUGCAUCUACCCCAACCCUGGCAAGAAGCGGGGCGGGCUCUGGUGGACGUACCUGCUCAGCCUCAUCUUCAAGGCCAGCGUGGAUGUGGUUUUCCUCUACAUCUUCUACCGCUUCUACAGGAACUACACCCUGCCCCGGCUGGUGAAGUGCGAGCUGCCGCCCUGCCCCAACAUGGUGGACUGCUUCAUCUCCCGGCCCACCGAGAAGAACAUCUUCACCCUCUUCAUGGUGGUCACCACCUGUGUCUGCGUGGUGCUGAACCUCGUUGAGGCCACCUACCUGAUUGGGAAGCGGUGCCACGAGUGCCUGGAGCCCGGAGAAGGGGACAGCCGGCGGCACAGCCAUUCCUCUGUCUCCCACGCCGACGCCGUGGGCACGGGCGGGCAGGUGUUCCACGGGGCAGACUACAAACCCCCCACAGCCACCAUCCCACUCCCAGCCUCCUGCCCCAGCACGCUGCCCGAGGAUGAGGCUCAUUCCUAGAGCUGCCAGGAGAAAGCAGGAGCUGCUCACCUGGCCUGCAGCUCCUUGGCUGCUCUUCCUCCUCUGUGCCCCAGUGCAGCAGCGCUGAGUUGGGCUGUGCCUGAGGGGUCUCUGCCUACCCUGUCCUGGGAAAUGCACUUUCCAUCAUCCUGCUGAAUUUGGGGUAAAGCAGGGGCUGUAGAACACAUGGCAGUGACAGGGAGCAGCAGCUCCAUGCCAGCUGUGAACUGACAGUGGCGCCCAGACUCUGAACCUGUACCAGCCAGGACAGACACCCUGACCCCCCAGGAAACCCCUCUCCCUAUCUCACCAUACAUCAGCCAUUCAGUGGGUGUCAGGGCCACCUCAGACUGAUGCAAUUGUCAUUAAUAACACUCAUUAGUGGAGUGGGGACAAGAGCAGGUCCCUGGUGCUGCAGUCACCACGGAGAAGGAUCCGGCCAGGCAGGCAGCACCAGCUGUGGGCUGCUGGAUCAUCCUGCCUGGCCAGGGCAAAACACCUGAGCAAAACAACCAAACACAGGAGAGGAAAAACACUCCAACCAUUGAUUAAACAAUGACAUUAAAUGGCAGAAUCUGAUCUCGUUUAUUGUUGCACUACAUCGCGUUCGGCCGUGACAUGGGCGGUGCUGCCACUUCCGAGGCCAUCAGAGGGAGCUGAGCUUUGCUGGCAUGAAUAAUUAACAAUAAUUUCAUGGCAAAUGCACUCACAAGUAACAUUAACGUUGAACA